GCCAUCUUUUUCUGUCGACUGUAAGCUUACCGCCAAUUUUUCCUACGUUAACAUAUAGGAUAGGUUGCGUACGCGACAUUACGAUUUGUCACGGUUCACGUGGGUUCAAGUUUAGAUAAGAAGAGCGAAAAUAUCCUGGAUUGUGGCUAAUUAUCGUGUAUGAAGAGAGUUUCACCGAGCUAGGAUUCAUUCGCGAUCGCCGAUCUGUGAUGUUAGCGUGAUUACAUCAUCGCGUUUGUGUGUCGCUAUGCCUGGCCGAUAUUGUUUUCUAUGUGCAAGCGACGUGGGUGUCUUUCUGGAUAUUACAACGGAUAACCGUGACACGUUUAUCAAUCAGCUCGAAACAUGUUUAUCUAGCAAGGUUAACGAAAGCAUCAAUAUAUCGAACAAAAUAUGUUACAAGUGUGCAUAUGAAUUAGGUCAGUGUACCGAAUUUGUGCAAAAGUAUAAAAAAUCACAUAAAACUUCAAAACCAGAAAGCAAAACAUCAAUGCCAUAUUGCUGUUUGUGCUUUGAACAUGUAGAAAAUAAUCGUAUCUUUGAUAUUACAAAAGACAAUCGUACAAUAUUUAAUCCCUUACAGAAGAUUCGCAAGAUUUUUAGUGAGUGUAUUAAGGAUGACAAUGAUUGUAAAUUGAUAUGUCUGGCGUGUCGAUAUAAUUUGGAUGUUUUGUAUGAUUUGAGAAGAAUAUAUCAGGAAGCAGUCAUCCAUUUGAAAGCCUUGAUUAAUGAAGAGAUAGAUUAUUCAAAUUUUCCAAAGGUAUAUACAGAUGUUGUCAAUCGCAAAACGACUGUUACUAAAUUUCCAGAUAUUACAUUGUAUGAUCUAAUAAAUUCUGAUAGCGAAAAUAGUGAGAAAAUGGCACGUAAUAAGUCACGUGUUAAAAACCGCAGAGGGCGACCCAAUGCGCAAACUAAAUUACAAAAUGACGUGAAACCAAAUGCCCGAAAAUGCGACGAGUGUCAUAGUAUUGUCCCGAAAGGUACCGAUAUGUAUAGAUUUCAUUGCACGCGUUUAACGGUAUGCAGAAACUGUUGGAUAACAAUGGAUCCAAGUAAAGACAAAUUGAAACGGCGAUCGCGACAGAUAGACACAUCCAAUUUGGCAGAAACAAAACUAUGUGCAGUCUUUUUGACGGACGUGCUGGAUAAAAAAUCAAAUAAGAACGAGAAAGAACAUAAGAUUGAAAAAAAUAAAGAUAAUAAAUCGUACAUUAUGUCAGAAGACAGUUCAUUAGAAGACAGAUUGUCUGGAUUGAAUAAUGCUUUAAACAAUAACAUAAAACGAGGAAAGAAACGGCAGAUCGAUGCUGAGAAGGAAGAUAUCGAGAGCACGCCGACAAAAAUAACAAAAUUGGGUACAAAACGUGAAAAUGCAAGUGAAACAAAAAUAUCGUCUGAUGUGGAGCACUCUACUACUUAUUCAACACGGCGCGGACAUAAAAGAACAAAUUCUGCUAAUGAUCAGAGUUCGGAUUCCGAUGUUUCUUCUCCAUUAGGAUCAAGAAAGAAAUUGGAUGAUCGCGCGAAGCUCUCGUCACCUUCUUCGAGUAAACCAGAUAGAAAGAAAUUGAAGACUAUUCUUCAAGGGGUAACUGCGAAUGUACAUUCACAAUCUACUGAAGAGUCAUCCAUCGAAGAUACAAAUUUGGAAAAAACGACGGAAAACGUAUCGAAUGAGCAUAUAAACAAAGAAAAGAAUGCUCACAAAAGGACGAGAUCGUCUUCUGUUUCUAGUACGGAAACUACAUCAUUGGCGGAAUUCAAAAGUCCGAAAUCUGUAGUAUUGUCAGAAGUUAAGAAGAAUUGUCAUACUUGUGAUACAUGCGGCAAGAAAUUUGACACCAAGUUAGAAAACGUGAAACAUGGUCUAACACAUUUCAUGCAAGCUUCUUUAAAAUUGGAAAGGGUAAAUAUUGCAAAUAUUAAGGAGAAACAAGAGUUGAAAAUUGAUUUAGAAGAAGAUAAAAUCUUCAAAGAAGCAAAAGUCUUUUUAACUAAACCCGUAUCAAUUGAUAAACAUACCGAUGAUCCAUCUGAAGAGAUUGCUAUUAAUAUCGAAGAUACAGAUGAGGAAGAAAUCUUUUCUUUAUCGAGAGAACAAAGUACAAAGAAAGAAGAAGCAAAGAAAGAAACGAACAGCGAAGGCUAUAAUGUGACUGACAAACUGGACGCUGAGAGAAAAUUGCAUGUGGAAGAAUCUGCGAAAAUUCAAAGUGAUGAAAAGAUGGUAGAAGAAUCUGAACAAUGUAUAGAAUCGACGGCUGUGCCGAAUGAAAGAGAGACAUCUAUAGAGAUAGAACAGGGCAAAGAUACAAAAGAAAUGAAUACAAAGAAUAAUAAUAUUAAGGAUACAAAGGAUAAGGAUAGAAAGACAUCAAUGGAUAGAGAUAUUGAUACAUUGAUAGAUAAAGAUACAAAUGUACAGAAAGAUGUUAUAGUAAAGGACAUGUUUUCUACAUCCAAAUUUUCAUAUUGUGAUAAAUUGUGCACAAAUGUUGAUGUAGGUGAAAAUAAAGAUGUAGCAGAAAAUGAUACAAAAAUGCUUACUAAAGAAAAAGAAAAGUCUAAUAAUGAAGCUACUAUAGACAAAGAACAUCUUCUCGAAAAAAUAACACACGAUAGCAAAGCAACUAGACCAUUGGUUUCAUCAAUUAAUAACACAAUUAAGGAUGACAAUAAUAAAAAUCACAAUGAAAAUUGCAAAAGUGAUUUAAAAAAUAUUUGCGAAGAUAAUGAAAGUGAGAUAAUAAAGGACGAGGUAGAAAUGACGCAGUGCGAAUUAACACACGAUAAUAAAUCUGAGAAUGAAAAUAUAGAUGAAUCGGAGAAAACUGUGUUGGACGUCACUGAUGAGACAGAAAAAUUAAAUGACCAAAUAGAUUUAAACGAUACAGUAGUCAUGGAUGAAGACAAAAUCGAGGUCUCAGAAAAGCAGCAAGAUACAACCAAUGACCAGAACAUGGAAACCGAAGUGAUUAUAGAUGAUGACAAGUCUAAUGAUGCAACAGAUACUGCUAAAUCGGAUUUCUUGAAUGGUGAAAAGCUUAAUUUGGCGGAAAAUGGCGAUAAAAUCGAGAACGAUAUUAUGAUAAUUCCUGCAGAUAGUAAUAAAGAUAUAAUACAAUACACGGAAAAAACAAUUGCAAUAGACAGCUCAAAGGAGAAGGACAAAUUAGAGGAGACCAUAAAGAAUCUCGAAGACUUGAUCGAAAAUAAUAAAACGAAUAACAAAUAUGAAGAGCAGGAAAACUCGAAUCAUACCUUGAAUGAUAGCCCCAUCGAUGCAGCUAACAUGAUAUUAAAGGAAGUAUUUGAUCUUGCAGCUGCUGAAGUUGAAAAACGAGAGGACAUUAAUAACAUAAAAGAUUUGCAAGAUACUGAAAUAGAGACUCUGGAGAACAUAACACGCGAGAUACGCAAUAGCGCGGACAUGCCAUCUUUGGACCCGAUCAGCAUUAUGGAUAUAGAUGAUGACAAUGAUAUUACAUUAAACUAAUUGUGUUAUAUUGUUAUCAUCUAUUUACACGCAAUCGUAUAUACAUGAUUAUGCGAAUAACUGAUUGUGCGUGCAAUGUAUUUCAUAUCUGCAGAUUCAGACAAUUAGAUUGAUUUAAAAGAAAGUAGAGAACCAGUGGAUAUCUUUUUUUUAUGAAUGUAUACUCUGUCACAAACUUUUUCUCUAGUAUGUCGAAUUAUUAAGAAAUAUAAUUUAUAUUUCUGUUUCCUGUUUUAGAGAAAGAAACAUAUGGACUAUAAAUAAUGAUAGUAAUUAAAUUGCUGAAAUUUCAAGAAAAUUGCAGAUUAUAGGAUUUUAUUAUCAAAUGUUAAAUCUUAUAAGAAUAUAAUAAGAUAUAUAUAUAUAUAUAUAUAUAUA